CAGCAGGGUCGGCACUAGAUCUGACGGUGUUACGCAGGUUUAUUUAUAGCAAGUUUACUCGAAAGCACGUUUCAUUGUAACCAAGUUAAAGAAGUACAAUUUAAUAACAUUCGGUUUUAAUUGUCAGCAUGUUCCCGUCUUCUAGCAGGGUCAAACUUAACCGAGUCGCGCUAAAAGACGUCAUUGGGCUAAAACUGGUGCCGCGGCGGAGACGAGUCCCGAAGUCGCAGAAUAACGUUAACGUUACAGCUGACUCCGAAGAAAAUCAAGAGGAAAACCAACUACAGUCAAUGAAAGACACUAAUGUUACACCACUCCCUUGCUGCAGUGAACACGUCCAAACUCCCUUAACAGACCAAAUUUGGCCAGAAAAUGUGACCGAUACGACCGGUGCCAUCCCCGAAGGAGAGCCGGAGGACAAUCGCGUAGACUUUGAUAGAAAUACGCACCCAAGCCCAACAGGACUUGCUGAUUCAGAACGGUCUUCAAGAAGAGCUGUCAGAACCUCCCACUGUGGUCUCUGUGGUGACUGUAAAUACAUUUCCCCUCAGCGGAAGACAUUAGGUAAGCAAGGGCAAGAAAGCAGUUGCCCGGGGCCAGAGCGGCCUACCAUUGAAGUUAACAUCAAGAAUGAAAACACUGUCACUGAGACCUCUAAGAACAUUGUAAUAUGGAUAGACCAGUACCCAAAGGUGCCACUUUGUGACAUAGCCCAAAAAUGUGACUUAAGUCACAAUUGUGGCUACGUGUUACCAGAUGUUCUCAAGACCAAGGUUGUGCAUUGCUUCAAACAGGACAUGAGAGCUGGAUUUCAGUUUGUGCCCGGUUGUUUAGGGCAUAACAAACACAAAAGUGAUGAAGGUGCUCUAGCUAAAGAGUUUUGUCCCAGGGCUCAAUCUGAGAAGAGUGUCUGUCAGUCUCAGAGUUUGACUAAACACCUGAAUGAACUCGCUGGAGCAAAGGCGUUAUCAAGUCAUCCCUCGUGUCGUUUCCUCAAGAGUUGGACAAGUGAUGACUCUGCAACCUGUUCAGCUUCUUUCUUGCUGGGUAAACGUACAAAAAAAGGUGAAUGCAGGACUGGCAUGUGGGACAGUGAUGUUGAGGAGGAUCCUGGGCCAGGAUCCCAUCUCAUAGGGGCAGAGAUUCGCAGAGACAAAAGAAUAAAGCGUAGGGAUAGUGUUAAUGAUGGGAUUUUGCCUUCCACUUCAGAUUUAGAAAGCAAGAGUUGCAAAAACCCAGCAAAAACAGACACUAGAGACAAAGAGAAAACAUUUUUCGGGAAUGCUGUUGGGGACAGCAGCAAGUUUGGCUCAGCUGUGAAAGAAAACUGUAAGAACCCUUGUGGUGAGAGAGACAAUCCCACAAAAUCGGAUGCAGCACAACUGUCCUCAGAACGGUUCUGUCAGAGGAAUGAGGUGGACACGGAUGAUCUGGAGUCAUUCACCUGCCAGAGAGCGAGGGUCUAUUUCAGGAAAAACAUUUCUUCUUGUGCACGCACAUACAUGUCGUGGCCCUUCUCUAACAGCGGCAGGACCCUUACAGCACAUGCCCCCGCUUCAGGCAGAGCCCACCAGUUUUCUAAUCAAAACAAAGAGAAGCAACAAGAGGAUAGUGAAAGCAUUUUAGUAGACAGAAAUGGGAAAAGACAUAAUAUGUCUUCAAACUCUUCAGACAGUGAAAAAUGUGCAACUCACUUAAUGGAGGCUGAAGAAUCACUAGCCAGCCUUCCCUCAGAUACGGCUACCCUUUCCAACCCACGUCAGCAUGGAAGAGAGCCUGGCACUGACACCUCAGCCUCACCUUUGCCAGGACCUAAAACUGACAGCUCCCUGUCUACCCCCUCCCCCUUAGCACUUGGCCUGAGUGACUGGGAAACUGCCACUACUUUGUCUUCCAUGUCAUCUCCAUUCACACAUGGUGGUCUGAGCAGCCUCUCAGCCACACCUUCCUCUCUCCCACCUCCAUCAUUCCUACUACAGAAAGUCAAAAGGGUUGAGUUGGCUGAAGCCUCUCCAACCAAGUGCAUGGUCAGAGCUGUAGGAAAAACAUUGUUCUGCUGCGAAGAAACUCGAACUUCUCCUCCACACGACUCCGACUCCUUUCAUUCAUGUGAAUCCUCCCUCCUCCUCCCUCAAGACGAGCAAGAGAGUGACGAAGAUCUUCUUGCAGGCAGGAGCAAAGGGAGAUCAACGCACAACAUCCUCACAGACAAGUGUGCAGACAUUGACUUGAAUGAGUUGAUGCUUCCACCAGCGCUCUCUCCUGUCAAUACCCCACAAGGGCCCUCACGGACAAGCUUCCAGCACCCAGGCUGUUCGUCGUCGGAGGAGGAGGAGGAGGAGGAGGAGAUAAACAAAGACACCAGCAAACACGAAAUGUUACCUGAAUGUCACAAGGUACAAAUUGUUAAUGGCAAUAAUGAGAACUCCAGGGAUUAUAUUGAACAUGGCGUUGAAGAAUUUCAAGGAGCCUCAACAAAUCUCCCAACUACUCAAACUUCUACCAGCAAUGAUGAAGACGAUGUGGAUGAUGGUAAUGAAGAGGAAGACCAGGAUGACAGUGAUUAUGAAGAUGACGUGGAACAGGUUAACAAACAAUCCGAACAAGUUCCCUCAGACCCUAAAAUAAAGGCGACCCUUACCUCAAGUGACCUGACAGAACCCUGCUCUUCUCCCAGCAGUGAUGAAGAUGAUGGAGCCUUCAGAGAGGAAGGACAGCCACGGUCUGCUAGAGAUGUGGAAUCAAUUCCAUCUGAAAUAUCAGACAGUGAAAGGGAUGAAACCAAAGUAGAGUCAGCGGACAAUACUGAGCAGGGCAUUUUGGAUGAGGUCACGGCUUAUGAACAGGAUAUUCUGCUUGUCGACGUGGUCCAGUUUGACCCUGAGCUGUUUGAAAACCUGCCCCAGGAAAGUUCACUGAAACUGGGUCCUAGCAGGGUUACUGAGGCACCAAACAUCAGGCCUAUUGGAGGGGUGAAGACGCAGUCGUCAGGGACAGAUGCAGCAUCACCGAGGUUUGAACAAAGAUCUUUCCCAGUUCAUACUGAUUUUCACUGCGACAGUCCCAUCACAGAGGAGAGCAGCAAGAGGCCAUGGAGACCUCAGUGUGGCAGCAGCCCUUUCAAAAGGCAGAGCAGCGCAUCGCCUGCUGCAGAAAAGCAAACCAAAUACAUGGGUCUGCCCGACGCCAACAACAAUCAUGUAAACAAAUUCCUGGAAAGGAGCCAGCCCGUCCAGACAGUGACCUCCCUGCAUUAUCACAUCCCUCCACUUAUGACCCAAAAGAUUGGGCCACGGAUCACAAACCCAGCAAACUUGGCAGAGUUUAGGCGGCAGAAAUCUAAUGCCUACUGUAGGCAGUACUUCAGUGAGUCGCUGUCCUGUGGGUUCAAGAUGUGUCGGUUCCAGCAUGUGCCUGUGGAGGGGGACGAGAAGUUCUGCAUUGAUACUGUAACACGAUUCACCAAAAAUCCAGCAUGCCUUCAAAAAGCACGAGCUGUGUUUACAGGCUACUACCAGAACAACCCACCAGGAGUGUAUUUCUCCAUGCCGGUGCUUCUAUCACUCCUCUGGUCUCUGCUCCAGGCUGGCAUGGUAUCUGAUGUCUUCUCUGUCCUCAGCAUCAGCGUGGCCCACAAGAUAGUGCCUGGCCAUGAGUUCCUGUUGGCUCUCUUUAACCUUGUGAGAGAAAAAGGUCUCGUGAGUUUUGUACCUGAACUCAUGCAGCUCACAUUCAAGAUGGCCAGUACGGGCCUAGAGCUGAGUUUGGACUGCCUAGACUGUGUCAAAAACACUCCUGAGUUCCAGCAGACAGUCUAUCCAAACUCACUUGUUUCAGUACUUGGCAACCACAAGUAA